GAGAGAUGUCACGCUUUUAACAAGUAUUCCCAGCGGUGCAAACAAAAGAAUUAAAGAAAGGGAUCGCGUCACUGGCUUCUUCACACGGUUCGAAUUCAAGUAGACGCAGGUAACUCCCACGCACCCACCUCACCUGCAGCACCCAGCCAGGUGACGAGUACUGUGGAAGGGUUACCGGGGACACCUUCUGUACCUCGUGUUCUAUUAUCAGAGAGUAAAUAACCUUGUUUGGCUAAUUUUUAAAGGAAAAGAAUGGAGGGGCAGAAAAAGAGGACAUAGAGUGUUAGCUACGAGAUCACUGGGGAGUGGAGUGAAGGCAGGCGCUGCAACACCAACAUCGCCGUGAAUUCUCCCCCAAGUCACGAAACGAGUCACUCCAGAGGUUGUCAAAAAUCGUGUACACAAAUGUCUCGAAAUAAUAAGCAUUACUGUCUUCACUACAAGAGUGCCGCACACCACACGCUCCUCGCCAUCUCCUCUCUCACCACUCUCUGCAGGGCAGUCUGAUGAGGAUGACAACAUGCCGCUGGCCUCCCCAGCGCUGCGAGGCCGCCUUGGCGCCUGCAGCCUGGCGCGCGCCCCUCAACGCCAAGUAACUCUGGGACUCGUCACCUUCACCGGAGUAGUGCUCGUAGCCGCCCACAUGUCUGCCUCCUCAUGGAUGCAGCCACAUGUAAAAGAGACAUCAGGACCGCCAAGUACAGCCGCCCGCCAGGCCCACGUGCUCCUUUGGACUCAGCAGCGGUCAGGCUCCACCUUCACGUCACGCCUUCUCUGCGCCUCGCCGAGAACCUUCUGCAGCAUGGAGCCUCUCAGUCAUCGUGAGGGGGAAGGCAGCAGCCUCUUAGGCGACAUCCUCAAGUGCCGCUUCUCCCAGCGUCCGGUGUACUUCCGUAACUGGAUGCACGGCCCACAGAUGAACGACCUGCGAGUGAGGGAGCUGUGCGAGAAGCCGUUUGACAUCAUCUGCGAGACGCCGGAUGUACUGGAGGCAGUGUGCCGCGCCGCCACUGCCAAUAUCAUCAAAGUGGUCGCUGUAGACUUGAGCGUGGGGGCACCUCUGCUACAGGAGCUGAGCCUGACGACGCGCGUGAUUCACCUGGUUAGGGAUCCUCGCGCCCUCCUCGCCUCGCGCCUGCUGGUGGAGGAGGGUCACUUUCUCUUGAUGCUUAAUAGAACAUUCUUCUCCCGGGAGGAGAAGGACGCGAGGGUCGUGUGUGAGCGGUACAAGCAAGACUUAGACGCUGCCCGCAGGCUAGUGCGUCUCUACCCGGAAAGGUACACGCUGGUGCGGUACGAGGACAUCGCGCGCCAGCCCCACACGGAGACACGCCGCCUGUACUCCUUCAUGGGCCUGGCCUACACGCCCCUCGUGGCCUCGGUGGUCAGCAAACACACCCUGGGCUUCUACCAGACGGAAGGGAAAGAGCACCCCUUCUCCACCUCCAAAAACUCCAGCGGCAUCGUGUUCGCGUGGCGGAGCCGCCUUUCCUACAGCGAGGUGGAGAGGGUCCAGAAGGAGUGUGGAGAUGUGCUGCGUGCCUACGGCUACAGGCACUUCUCGCGCCGCCAGUAUGAGGAGGAGGCGGCCUCGCCCCUGCUGCCUCUCCCGGCGAGUUGGGCCGCGUUCCUCUCUGCCGAUAUAGGAGACACCUGACAAACAGAGAAAGAUGGAUCCAAGUGUGUAGGUCCAUUACCACUGAUCUGAUAUAAAUAUUGAAGUAGUUUAAUAAUCAAUUGCGCUGAAGGUACACAAAGUUUGUUAUGAGUGAAGGUACAGGAUGAAUCCAGUGGCAAGGCAACACAACCUCCCUCAGCCAGUACUCAACAGUCGUGCAGGAGGCCGUUGUGUUGACAAGAGAGGACAAUUAUAUCAUUUUGAUCUCACAAGCAAAUGUACACUUACGAAGAAAAAACAAGAUUGAAUUAUUUACGGAAAUUGGAUACAAAAUUACAAUUUCUCGUGAUUUAAUGACGAGGGUUUUAUGUAGGUGGUUAGCGGAAACUGUGAAUAUACUGGCUGUAGUGUUUGGAGUGUGUCAGCGGUCACGCAAAAGCUAGCUACCAGGAUCAUACUUAACGUUCAUUCCACCUUAGAAGUAGUAGAAGUAGAAGUAGUAGUAGUAGUAGUAGUAGUAGUAGCAGUAGUAGCAGUAGCACUAGCAGUAGUAGAAGUAUUAAUGAUAACAGUAAAAACACCAACAACACCACCACCACAACCACCACCAACAACAACAACAACAUCAACAACAACAAAGAAACACAAGGCUUAUGAAGUAAACAGAGAAUUUAAGAGUAUCACUAUGUAGAGAACAGUUAUUGGUGUGAAUGUACCGCUGCCCUCCCUCGAGUUGCCACCCCCCUGAGGUGUCUGGAGGGGCUGCAGGAGUGAGGGGUUGGGCUGUGUGCCUACCUGGCCUCACUAUCUUUGCCCCGCCUGUACGAGGAAAAGGACUUGACUCUAUCCGGCAAGGAACGCAACGAGAGAGAGAGAGAGAGAGAGAGAGAGAGAGAGAGAGAGAGAGAGAGAGAGAGAGAGAGAGAGAGAGAGUUUAUUAUUUUUUCAGACUGGAUGCAUGAUGUUUGUUCCAUUUUAGAUCGUCAAAAUACUGUUGUUCUUUUGAGUCUCUGAUUUUAAUGCAAAAUAAAGUACACGGAGAAAGUCAUAAA